AUGAAAUUACUUUUUAAUCCAACAACACUAAGCGGGGCUUCAGAUAUUGUCAUGGUUGAGCAUCCUGAUGGAACUAUUAAAUCUUCCCCAUGGUUAUUAAGAUUUGGAAAUUUACAAUUUCUUAAGCAUUUUACAAGGACUAUUAGUGUUUCAAUUAAUGAUAAUCCAGCUCCAUUCACUAUGUAUGUAAAUGAAUGGGGAAUCGGACAGUUCUAUGAAACACAAAACCUUCAAGAAAGAAAACUAGCUUCAAAUAAAAUAUAUCCAACAAAAAUACAUCCAACAGUUAAUCUUACGCCACAAGAUAUUAGAGGAAUUCUCGAAAGCAAGACAAAUGAACCAACACUUGGUAAUGAUUUUUCAAAGUUCAUUGAAAGAGAUAGUGCUGUUGAUAUUGAUAUUGUUUUCACAUAUAGCGACCCAGAUCCGAAACCUGUUGAAGCAGUUUCUUCUCAUAUUGAUUUAACGGAAUCAAUUCACUAUAGCGAAGAGUCACAAAUGACGAAAGACAUUGAAACUAAGCAACCUGUUCCAUCGGAAUUAAUUUUACAAGAGAUUAGACCAUUCCUUCAUUAUGGAAGAAAUAAAAUUACAUUUACUGUUUCCUCUCUUCUUCAAGGCCCAAAAACCGUUAACACUUUGAUUUUCCUGUAUAAAUAUACAGAUAAACUCAUCAUUAGUGAUAUUGACGGAACAAUUACUUGUUCAGAUGCAAUUGGUCAAGCCUGUGGCUUUAUUGGCGCUGAUUGGUCUCAGCCAGGUGUUGCAAAGCUUUUUAAUCAGAUGUCCGACCAUGGCCUGUACUUCUUGUAUUUAUCUUCGCGUCCAGUUAGUCAAGCAACAGUAACAAGAGAUAUUAUUGAAAGAAUUAACCAAGGUGGCUUACGUUUGCCAGAUGGUCCAUGCAUUACUUCAAAUGAUAGUCUUCUUGGCUCUUUGACCAGAGAAAUUAUUAUUCAUAAUCCAGAAUCGUUUAAAAUUCCUAUUAUUGGCAUUUUAAUUGAUCUAUGGCCUAAAGACCAAAAACCAGUAGUUCUUGCAUUAGGAAAUAAGCAAAAUGAUGUUAGAUCUUAUGCAGCUAACAAAAUUCUCCCAGAAGAGAUUAUUUUGUUUGACAUGUUCCACAGAGUAUUCGAUUCCACAGGGAAAAUUAAAUUAUAUGACUCAAUUAAAACAUUUUCCCUUCAUCUUGAUGAAUUUCUCAAAAAAUUGCAUAUCAUUGGAUAA